AUGGCUAGCUCGCGGAUGAAGUCGUGGUUUCCGGGUACGGAGUACCCACUCGUAAUCAGCGCGCCGAUGGAGGGCGUUACGAACCCCAGAUUGGCUACGGAGGUGACCAAGGCCGGGGGGUUAGGCUUCAUCCAAGGCGGCCGAGACUUCGCCCCAGCCUCCGCGCAACUCAAACGCCUCGAAGACCAACUCACACAAGCCCGCUCACUCCUCACCGCAAAGAGCCAGGGUGAAGGUCCUAACAACGACGACAACGACCCCUUACCCAUCGGCGUAGGCUUCGUCACCUUCUCCGCAACAGCAAAGCAGCACUUCGCCGAAACCACAAUCCCGAUCUUAAAGAAACACAAACCCGCCGCCAUAUGGCUCUUCGCCCCCUCCCCAGACGCCCCCGAUACCCUACCCACUCUCAUCGACGCACUGAAAUCAGAAGCCGCGUAUUCCCCAAAGAUCGCUGUCCAAAUCGGUUCCGUGGCCGCGGCUAGAGAGGCGGUUUCCCACGGCGCGGAUAUUGUCGUUGCGCAGGGAACGGAUGCGGGGGGGCAUCAGUGGGCUAGUGGGGCGAGUGUGGUUAGUUUGGUGCCGGAGGUGAGGGAUAUGUUGGAUACUGAGUUCCCGGAUAAAGGAGUUGCGGUUUGGGCGGCUGGUGGGAUCGCGGAUGGGAGGGGGGUUGCGGCUGGGUUGGUGUUGGGGGCUGAAGGGGGGGUUUUGGGGACACGGUAUAUCGUUGCUACGGAAUCGGAUGCCCAGGAUUAUAAGAGGGAGGCGCUUUUGGGUACGAGUGAUGGGGGGAGUAGGACGGUUAAAUCGCAACUCCACGAUCAUAUCCAGGGAAACAAGAACUGGCCCGAUUUAUACGAUGGUCGCGCUAUCAUAACGCCUACGUAUCAGGACCAUGCGGCUGGGGUGUCGCUUGAUGAGAAUACGAAGAGGUUUGAGGCUGCUAGAGAGGGCGGCGAUUUAUCUCGGAUGGUUACUUGGUCUGGAACGGGCGUUGGUCUGGUCAGAGAAGAGCUUCCGGCUGCGGAAAUCACGAGGAGGGUCAGAGAAGGUGCGCUGAAAGCUAUUACGGGGCUCAAUGCCUCUAUUUGAGGAGAUGUGAGGUAGGCUAGUGGUUAUGCCCACAGCGUCUUGGGGGCUUGCAGAUGAUAGUAUUUAUCGUCUCUAUUUUAUGUCCAUCAUGCUACCGAUAUUGAUAUUUUACGCCACUUACACCUAUGAUUUCUUUGUGGAUAUUUCCUGGCGUUCUUCUAUUCGCCCCGAGCGACCUCUUAGCGUAGC